GCCCGUCGCUCCCUCCUCCCUCGGGAGCUGUUGGACCUGUUGUCCCCCUCCACUUCCGGGCUGCUGGGGAGGGGGACCGGGCGGCCUCUCUCCCCCCUCUUCCCCUGCCACCUGUCUCAUAGGCAGAAGCAGCCGUGCCCAGCGCGCAGAGCGGAGCGCGCCGAAGCCUGAGCUGGUGAGGGGGCCGAAGCUGUGGGGAGGUGGCAGCUGGACUUCGGAAUCUCAAGGACUCCGACUCCUGGCUUGUUCAGAGGAGAGCCUGGGAGCCCCGACUCCUGGAUCCCUAGGCCCCGCCUCCUGGGGGGAGUCUCGGCGCCCCGGAGCAGACGCGAGCGGCGCUCAGCAGUCCUAGGCCUAGCCCCCGCCCAGGCCCCGCCCCCAGAGCGCCUGGUCCCGCCCACCCUGCAGGAGCCCGAGCGGCCAUGGGGACGCGGAGCAGCCCCGAGGAGGGUACGCCGCCGCCUCCGGUCCCGGAAUGCGACGUAGAUGUCCAGCCCCAGGGCCAUCCCGAGGAGUCCCGGGAACAGGAGGCACCCGAAGUCCUGGCGGAACCUUCGAGCUGCAGGGGAGCUGAGCAGCAGGCGGAGGAAGAAGUGGGAGAAGGCAGCAGCACUGAGAGCAGCCGCGACGCGCCCGAGGCUGCGCCUCGGAUAGCGAUGGCGGCCACACCUCCCGCAUCCACCUCUUCGCGGGAAGGGGUGCGAGGGGCGGCGCGGCGCCUGCAAGGACAGCAGCUGGAGUCAUUGACUCGCGUGGCCCUGAUGGAGCAGCGAGUGAAGGAGCUACAACGCCAGAGGAAGGAGCUGAGGAUCGAGAUGGAGGUGGAGGUGGCCUUGCUGCGGGGUGAGCUGGCUGGGGAGCGAGUGGCCGCUCGCCGGGAGGAGGAGCAGCUGCGGGAGCUGCUGGGGCAGCAGGCGGCCUCGGAGCAUCGCGGCCGCCAGCAGCGGGAACAGGAGCAGAGGCGGCUGAGCCAGGAACGGGAUCGCCUAGAGGGUCUUCGCCAGAGACUCCGCGAGGCCCAGGGACAGCUCGACUCACAGCCAGAGGACCAACGAGAGCGGCUUCUGCAGGGUGUGCAGGAGAUGAGGGAACAACUGGAUGUGGCCCAACGCGCCUAUGAGGACCUGGAGUUCCAGCAACUGGAGCGGGAGAGCCGGCAGGAGGAGGAGGAUCAGGACAGCCCUGGGCCCCAGGUGCCAGACCCCAAGGUCCAGGAACUUCAGGCCAGCAUGGCGCAGCACAGACACCGGAUCCGGGUCCUGGAAGAGCAGCUCAAGUCACUGGGGGAGCAGAUGGCAGCUGAGAGCCGGGGGCUGAGCCGGAAGAAGGAGGAGGCCCUUCAGGCCCUGUCACAGGAACGGAGCCGGCUGCUCGAGCUCAACUGCCUUCAGGGAACACCUGGCGGGGACUUCUCUGAGCCCAACCCGGCCCUCACUAAGCUGCUGUUCACCCAGAAGACAGACCACCAGCUGCUGGUGCUCCAGGACGCCGUGGCCCACUCCGCUGCCACCCCUACUUCUUCCUGCCUCUUCUCUGUCCAUAGCUCCAUGCAGGGCUCCAUUGGCCUCCAGAGGACUGGGAGCCUGCCCCGGAAAAGGGGAGAGAGGGCGAGCCAGAGAGGAUCCCCCCGACCUCUGUCCUUCCAUUGUACUGAAUCCCUGGAGGCCUCAGCUCUCCCACCAGCAGUGGGGGACUCUGGCAGAUACCCCCUCUACCAGCUACUGAACUGUGGCCGUGGGAAUAGCUGUGGGGCCAUCCACCCACACAUUGCCCACAUGGAGCGGCUCCUGCAGCAGGCCAUGGCGGAGAGGGAGCGGCUGCUCAAGGCCCGGGAAGGAACAAGAAGGGGCACGGAAGGUUCCUCAGGCCCUGCUGUUCCUGCCAUCACGGCUCCGCCCACCCCAACUCACUCUCCAGGCCCGCGAAUCUUGGAUCUCCGGCAGCAUCUGGAGGGGUGGGGCCACAACCCGGAAAACUGCCCACAUGUGCAGGUGUCUGGGGGCUGCUGCCGCGGACCCCUGGUGAAGAUGGGUGGCCGCAUCAAGACCUGGAGGAAGCGAUGGUUCUGCUUUGACCGCCAAGCCCGCCGCUUGGCCUACUAUGCGGACAAGGAAGAGAUCAAGCUCAAAGGUGUCAUCUACUUCCAGGCCAUUGAGGAAGUCUAUUACGACCACUUACGCUGUGCCUUCAAGAGCCCCAACCCCCGCCUGACCUUCUGCGUCAAAACCUACGAACGCCUUUUCUACAUGGUGGCUCCGAACCCCGAAGCCAUGCGCAUUUGGAUGGACGUCAUCGUGACAGCAGCUGAUGAAAACCACGCCCCCUGAGUGGCCCCGCCCUCUUGGGGGAAGUCCCUUCGAGGCUCCUCCGGCGCGGGGCGCGGGGGCGUUCCUGGGCCCCGCCCACUGCCGGAAAACUUGGUCGCACCGCUUUGGAACUCUCCCGGGAAUUCCGCAGGCGCCGCAGCUCAGCUGGCCUGAGCUGCUGCGUUCUGGGUUGCAGGUGCCUUGCCUCCGACGGGAUCGCCGGCCCCUGAGGCCCUGCCCGGGGCAGGAGGAAGAUUGCAGGGGCGGGAAGAAACUAUUUAUUGGUGCUCCUGUGAUACCGAAUUAAAUACGGAGGAAAAACAGGAA